UUGACCAAAGUACAAAUUAUAAAAUCGAUGAUCAAAGUUCAUUACUACAAAAUUUACUUCAAUUAUUUAUAACUCAGUUUAAUACAACCACUAAUUCCAAACAAAUUUUUAAUAGUUUAUUAAAUUAUUUUGAAGUUAAUCAAAUAGAUCCUUCUUUAAUAUUUAAUGAACUUGCAUAUCAAGAUUAUAACUUUAGCAUGAUUGGUUAUUUUCAUGAGUAUGGAGUAGGAACUGAAAUUGAUUAUCAAAAAGCUUUUUGGAUGUAUAAAUUAUCCUCUGAAAGUGAAGUUAAAAAUGAUUUUGAAAAUAAUUUAGACAAUUUAUCAUUAUUGGAUAAAUUUAAUAUCAAUAAUUAUAUUAUUGGAAAAAUUUCUCUUGGAUUAUUGUAUUUCGUUGGAAAAG